GCGCAAGAGACGCUGGCCCGGCUCCAGGCCGCCCUCGCGGGCCGGCGCCAGCAGCUACAGCCGCAGAAGCGCUUCGCCUUCAGCGCCCGCAAGAAGGAGGCGCCGCCGCCGGCCCCGGGCACCCCUGUGCCACGCCCGCCCGAGGGCUCCGGGGAGGAGGUGGCCGAGGCCGGGCCGCCGCCGUGCGGGUUCCGUGGGGCCGAGGGGCAGGCGCUGGAGCUGGGCCCAGACGAGUUGCGGCAGCAGGACGUGGUGCUGGCCGAGCUGCGCAACUGCCGUGUGCUCCUGCGGGGCAACCCCAACACACUGCGGGUGAGCAACUGCCGGGAGUGCACGGUGCUGUGUGGGCCCGUGUCCACCUCAGUGAUGGUGGAUGGCUGCCACAGCUGCAUCCUGGUGCUGGCCUGCCAGCAGCUGCGCACACAUGCCACCCGCAACACGCAGCUGUACACAGCCGUGGUCAGCCGCACCAUCCUGGAAGACUGCGCCGGCAUCAGGCUGGCGCCCUACAGCUGGACCUACCCCGGCAUUGAGACCGACUUCGAGGCCUCUGGGCUGGAUCUGCACCGCUGUCACUGCGACUUGGUGGAUGACUUCAACUGGCUGGUACCAGACCAGCCCUCACCCAACUGGAGCAUCAUCCACAAGGAUGAGCAGGUCACCUGCUGGGACUGAGUGUAGCCAUCGCACCCACCCUGGAGUCAGAAGUAAUGUUAGCCUUGAUUUGCCUCUCAGCCAUGCUGUGCCAUGGGCCUCCCCUUCCAUGAGCCUGGUGCCUGGCCAUACAGUCCUCCCACCAUCUCCACCCUGGAGUUGGAAGUAACUUUAGCCUUGAUUUGCCCUGUGGCCGCCACAUGUCAGUGCUCGGUGAUGUAGUGGGAGCAGAUACCCAUGUCGGACAGGUGCUGGUCACAGUGCAGUUGACCGAUCUUAUAGAAUUGAUUUGCUGCUGUAAUAGUGAAACCAAGGUGCUGCGCUGGAGCUUAUGGCCAGAGCCCUGGUGAUAAUUCCUCUGCUUCUGUGCCUCGGGCACCAGAGACUCUGCUGUUCCACCUGGGUGACAAUGAGCCUCUAAAUAGGAGUAUGAUGCUGCCUGCUUGUUAAGUCAAUGAAGGGAAAUCUGACCUGCCUUCCUCCUACAAGGUGAAAAGCAGAUCCUCAGGAGGGUGGGAUUUGGAGGAGCCUGAGCUCCCCAGCAUAUAUAAUAUCCUGUGACCUGGUCUUCAACAGGGAGAAAAUGUGUUUUUAUCUCUCUUUACCUCAUGCAAAAUAAAAGUCUAGUGAGGACAAGGCUGCUGGUAGCUUUUGCCAGUAUUAGCAGAUUAAGGUAAGUAUGGGGUCCCAACAUAAUCUUGGUCUGUUAAUGCUGGUAGAAGGUACGGGCUGCCUUGUCUAGAUCAUCUCUUUUUUUUUUUUCCCCUAGCAAAAUUAUUUUUACUAAUGUUAAAUAGUACACGAUUAACUUCUGUGAAUACAGACAAGCCCUUAGAUCGUGAAUUUACACCAUUAAUGUAGGUGCUGUUUGACAAGGGUCUGUUAAACUGACAAUUGCCCAAAAAAAAAUAUUUGCCUAGAAGCGAUCUCAUGUUGAGAGCUGGGAGUUUUGCUGAUAGGUGGAAGCAAGAUGGCUCUUAAUGUACCUGGCUUUGUCUAGCUGGGAAAAUUACCCUACCCUGCUGUGGUAUGAAUUUACAGUGAGCUGGCUGCUCUGCACUGCAAGUGGAAAUCUUACUGCAUAUUAAGUGCAUCCACCUAGGGAGUUAGUGCAUUGGAUACUAUAUACUGUAAAUUAACACAGCUGCCUGCAGCAUAGUGACUUUCCAUACAGACAUGCUCAGGCUCUUGAUCUCUACACAAGACAUGAGGUAGGCAGCAGCAUAAGUAGAGGGUACAGACAGUUUUAGAAAAAAAACACUUGGGCAAGUCAUAGUUUGUAAUUCUGUGUACUUCCAUCAUGCAUCUUCUCAACAAACACUUUUUUUUCCUGCAAACUUUAUGUUCAUUGAUUUGUCUUUGUUUGUGUUUGGGUUGUUUUUAAUUUCCAUUAUGAAGAAGAAGAUAAUUAUGCUUAGCAACUGAGAUAAAAUUAGUACAAGGACUUGUUUCAAAUGUUCAAGUCAUUCCAAUGCAAAUUGCAGAUGAAUGCAGGCUAAUCGCUGUACUCUUAAAUUCCAUAUGGUUAUCUUUACUAACUUAUUAAACAUUGCCUUGCCUAUGAAAAAACACCUUCUGUGAGGCUGAACAGAAACUUCCCAUGUUGGCCAGUUCAUUGCUGUAAUACCUUUUGAGACCCAUCUUUAAGUAUUUGAUUCUUUUUGAACAGCAGAGAAUUUCACUUAUCCAUCAUUUCUUUCUAGAAUUGAAGGUUUUAUUUUGAACCAUGGAAUGAUAGAGGAGUUGGGUCUUUAUAUACAACAACUUUUGCACAUUUUGUUUACUUGCACUAAUGUGUGUGUUUAAGUUUUUCUAGGUUUUAUACAGUGAAUGUACAUUUAACAACUGUACUUACCUCAACUAUUCUACUGUUUGUUUUUAUUUGGUUAAAUUUUCUGCUGUUUUGACAGUUUCCUAAAACUAGUUCAAAGAAAAUAAGUGUUGCUUCUAGUGUUAAUGCAACGUAUCCCCAGGGAGAUUUUUUCCAAACUCGUUAUUAAAGAGAUGCGAUCAAGUGAAAGGUCAAGUGUUUAGACCUAUUGACAGGCUCCUGCCCCCCCACUACCAUAUUUUCUCACAUGAAACAAACAUGUCUUUCCUCAAACCAGUCGGGAGAAGCCUGCUGCCAAACUUACAGACCUCUGGGGGUGCCCCCUGGCUGGAGGUUAUAGGUUUGCAUUCUGGAUCAUGCUGGCAUGUGGGCUUAGUCCAUGGCUGGACUCAGUGUGCAGCCCUGGACCCAACACAUGGAGGGGGAGUCGGGCCACAGCCAGACCUUGCAGGUGGGGUUGAAGCCAGGCUGUAGCCUGAAAUCUAGCGCGUGGCCCUAGGCUGUAGGUCCCAUGUAGCACGCAGAGCUGGCGGCAGGCUUGGCUCCCUAACUGCUGCUACCAGUCAUUUAGCCAAGGUAAGAUCUUUUUGCUGCGUUUUCAGAAACAGGCUAUAUAUUAAAUUCUAGGGUGUAAUAUAUGUGAGAAAAUAUAGUACUACUCUUUUCCCACUUUGCAGAUCCUUGCACUGAGAAUGAGACCGUCUCUCCUUUUCCCACUCUAGUUCCACGUUAAUUAAAAACAGUUUGUCUUGGGUCUUAAUAGUAGUCAAAGAAAUCAUUACAAAAUGGCAUUGAGGGAGAAAAAAUGGAUGUUAUGACUAAAUUCCUGCAUUACUUCAGCAAGAUAGAGCAGUGGAUCAGUACAAAGUACCUUCAAACACCAGUUACAAAAAUGCAAAUCUUAAAAUACUGAAAAUCAGUUACUUUCUCCUGCAUGCUUCCCCCCCACUUCCCUUUUUUUCCCUGUUUGCUAACCAGAUUUCUUUUUUAUUUUAAAGAAAUUUCCGGCACUAAUUACUGCUGCCUUUCCAAAGAGUGGCUGUAAUGAUUUCUUGCCUUGGGGGUGAGAGAGAGACUUGAACCUUAGUCCCCUGCAAAGUGACGAUUUUCUCUAGGAGUAAAUCUAAGACAUAUUUUGUUCAAGGAAUCCCAUGUGCAUGUAACAAUAAGUAUAGCAGCAGUAGUGUUAAGUCUGGUCUUAACAGUUUCUCAAACUUCCCAGAGGCUAUACUGUGUAUACUGCUAUACAUGUCUGUU